UGACUACAAAUUAAAAUUAUCAAACACUGCAGCUCUUAGCUUUUACUUUGUUUUUUUUUUUUUGUGGAGGAAAUAUAACAGGAUAUGAUAACAACAUCCCGAGAUAAAAAGUAGUAUGUGCACUAAUAGUGUGUCAGAAUGUAUACAAAUAGAAAUAAUGGUAAAAUUAAAAGGAUCAUACAGUUUAACAUGCAUUCUGUAUUCAAAGUUUUUGUUAGCAUUUAUAAAAGAAUAUUGAGAUUGACUUUAAAUGAAGUAUUAUUGAUUUGUGCUGUGUUCUUUAUAUCUUUUUUUAUUUGGACUUGGAGUAAUGGAGAAGAGAAACUUAGUAUUAAUUCGAGCAACCCUGUUAUAGUAUGGUGGACCACAGGUUUUCCCAGUACUUCAGAAACAAUCACUUGUGAAGAAAAUCUAAAGUGUGAUGUUUACAGUGAUAAGAAUGGAGGAAGAGAUUACAAUGUUCAGGCAUAUCUCUUUUAUGCAAGUAACAUACAUUUUGAUGAUUUACCUUUACCUAGAAAAGCUAGCAAUGUGAUAUGGGGAUUAUAUCACGAAGAAUCUCCAAGAAAUGUGCAAGAAUUAUUGCAUGAGCCAACAUUGAGUCUAUUUAAUUAUUCUGCAACUUUUAGCAGAUACAGUGACAUUCCAUUUCCUUUACAAUAUUUAGAUUCUUGGUCGGACAUUACUAGUAAAGAAUAUUUUGUUCCGACAGCCAAGAAAAAUAUUUAUUUAGAAGAUAUAGCACCUAUAUUGUAUUUACAGUCAGACUGUGAAACUGCAACAGAAAGAGAUGUAUAUGUAAAGGAGUUAAUGAAGUUUAUUAAUAUUGAUUCAUACGGUGCUUGUUUGAAAAAUAAGGAAUUGCCGCAGAAAUUUCGUGAUGAUUACUUAAAUAAUUUAAAUGAUAAUGAAUUCCUGCAUUAUAUUGCAAGGUACAAGUUUGUUUUAGCAUUGGAAAAUGGUAUUUGUGAAGAUUAUGUUACAGAGAAGUUUUGGCGCGCUAUUAAAGUUGGUAGCGUACCAAUAUAUUUUGGGUCUCCCUCAAUACAAGAUUGGUUUCCCAACAACAAAUCCGCGAUUCUCAUCCAAGACUAUCCAACACCGGCAAGUAUGAGUGAAUAUAUAAAGAAAUUAUUAAAAAAUGAUACUUUGUAUGAGGAGCAUUUAAUGCAUAAGACCAAAGAAGUAAUAAUGAAUAAUAGACUGAUACAAGAAUUUAACAGUCGACCAUACCAAACAGACUCGUUAAAGGUAGCUACAAAAUUCGAAUGCUUGAUUUGUAAAAAACUGCAUGAAAAGAAAACUAGAAAAAUAAAACAACAGGUGGUGACUAAAAGUCACUAUAACUGUCCAAAGCCUAUUUCAGCUUUAAGUUUAAAAGUAAAUCCUUCAAAUGAUUGGGUUUACUUAUGGGACAAAGCCAAAAAAGAUGCGGAAGAUAUUUAUAAAAAAGUAAUUAACAGCUAAAGUAAAACUCAAAAUUAUAUUAAGUAAUAAAGUAUUAUAUUUUUUUACAGUUUUUAAUAUAAAAGAUUUUUUAACUAA